AUUUAAUAAAGGACUACAGGAUUUUAUCUACACUGGGUUGAUAGACUCCCUUUGAUGUAUAAUCUAGCUAGGACCAGACAUCACGGUACGUGGACGAACAAGCUGUUCCAUUUCAAGGACACAGAACCAUAAAUUCCAGAGCAUUUGACAGUAGCAGAGCUAUUCAGCAUAUUUCACUAUGGCACGCACAAACACUUUUGGCCUGAGCAACAGUGGUGCUUUGGAUGAAUCUCCCAAUAUGCUCGUCUACAGAAAGAUGGAGGACGUAGUAGCACAAAUGCAAGAUGAAAAAAAUGGAAUUACUAUUCGAACAGUGAAAAGCUUUUUAUCCAAGACCCCGAGUGUUUUUUCUGGAUCUGAUGUUGUUCAUUGGAUGGUGAAAAAACUAAGCAUUGAAGACCAAGUCGAGGCUGUUCAUCUGGGGAGCUUAAUGGCAGCACACGGAUACUUCUUUCCAAUUUCUGACCAUGUUCUGACUCUGAAGAAUGAUGGAACAUUUUAUAGAUUUCAGACUCCCUAUUUCUGGCCAUCAAACUGCUGGGAACCAGAAAAUACUGACUAUGCAGUUUAUCUAUGCAAAAGAACAAUGCAGAACAAAGAUCGGCUGGAGCUUGCUGACCAUGAAGCCGAAAGCUUAGCCAGACUACAACGAGAUUUUGCCCGAAAAUGGGAGUUUAUAUUUAUGCAAGCAGAAGCACAAGCAAAAGUUAAUAGAAAGAGAGACAAGGUUGAGAGGAAAAUACUUGACAGUCAAGAGCGAGCCUUUUGGGAUGUUCAUAGACCAGUGCCUGGCUGUGUAAACACAACGGAAGUUGACAUUAAGAAAUCCUCAAGAAUGAAAAAUCCACGUAAAACAAGAAAGAGUGACACACACAACAACGGUCCAAACCUGACUCCUGACCCGGAGGCCUACCAGCUCACAAAGGAAGAGCUUCACAAACAGAUAAAACUUUGUCAAGCUCAGCUAAAUAGACAUCGGAUGAAAAUGUCAAAAGUUGCAGAAAGUUUGAUAGGGUAUACAGAACAGUACGUUGAGUAUGACCCAUUGCUUACGUCACCUGAUCCCUCCAACCCUUGGAUCUCAGAUGACACAGUAAUGUGGGAAAUGGCAGUCAGCAAGGAUCUGAAUCAGAAGAGAGUGCGGAGAUGGGGCUUUGGGAUUCAUGAGGUCUUAAAAGAUCCAGUGGGCCAGGAGCAGUUUUUCAGGUUUCUGGAAUCAGAAUUCAGCUCAGAAAACCUGAGGUUCUGGUUGGCUGUUCAGGAGCUGAAGAACAAGCCCAUCAGGGAAGUCCCAGUUCGGGUUUGGGAAAUCUGGCACGAAUUCCUAGCAGCUGGUGCUCAAAGUGCGAUCAAUGUUGAUUCAAAGAGUUACGCCAAAACCACUCAGAACUUGAGGGACCCUGGGCGCUAUGUCUUUGAGGAUGCUCAGGAGCACAUAUUCAAACUGAUGAAAAGUGACUCCUACAGCAGAUUCAUCCGUUCCAGUUACUACCAGGAGAUGCUGCAAGCUGAGAAAAAAGCAAGCGGCUGAUUCUGAGACAGGAUUCUUCCUCAAACUAGUCUGACAGAAGAGGAUUGUAAGAUAAACCCAAAGUUCACAAGCAAACAGGACUGGUUCAUAAAUUAAACUGGCUUCAAUGGGCUUGACCACUGAAAAACAGAUAUUUCUAUUUAUAUUCAUCAAUGUGCUUAUAACUAUAUUUCAAUAAACUCUUAGAAAUAUACACAAAUCACAUUUAGUCUAAUAUAAUUAGUAUUAUUAGUUUUGAGACAUAUGGUCAUAUAUUUAGUAUUUUUAUGUAUCCAUUUGUGAAACUUUUUUUCUCCCUUGCAACUGAAACCAUAUUUUUUGAUGUUUUAAAUGGAAAUUGAAUAUAAAUGUUUUUACUUGUUUCACUUAUAAUUUAAAAAGAAUGGACCGAUUCUAAUGAAAAAUUAUAAAAGAGUAAAAAAGUCCCAAGUUAAAAUUAAUGCACAGCUUAGAGCAGGGAUAAUAUGAGAAAGAAAUGAU